AUGGCUUCGAUUCGCAGCCAGUGUGAGCAGGAAGUCCGCGAUGCCUCGGUGGACCUCGUCCUGCGGGACGAUCUCCCUGCAGGGGUUCGGCUGGGGCUCCGCGUCUUGGACUCCGUGGACCCCGAAGUCUUCGUGGAACUCGCCCCGGCUCCCGCAGCGGCUCCUGCGGCAGCUCCAGCAUCACCUUUGGCAGCAAUGAUUGACGGCCAGGCGGCGGCUGAGUCCCUGGCUGAAGCUGCGAUGCUGCGAGCAGCGCGGCAUGCUCGCGAGGCGAAACACAGCGCUGCUGUCGCGCGGCGAGCCUAUGAGCAGCUCGCCGCCGCACGUCAGAAGGCUGCAGAGGCCGCCGGCCAGAAAGUGCUAGAGGAUGCCAUCAUCGACACGCGCAAGGACGCCGCCGUGGCGGCAAAGAUGCGUCAAGGUUGGGAAGAUCAGCAGCGGAGCAUCGCGGCGCAGCGGGGAGUUGUCGCAGCGGCAGCCUACAAGAAGGCAAAGCUGCAGGCUUUGGCGGUGGCGGACGCCUGGGACCAGCAUGCCGGUGACCUCUCGAAAGCGAGCCGCCAGUAUGAGGGCUUUGCCGUGCGAGAGCAGCUCACGGAGAAGAAGCUGAAGGAAGAGUUGCAGAAGGAGGGCGAGAACCCAGAAGUCCUGAAAGCUUUGCAAGCUGCAGAGGUGAACAUGAAUGAGGGCCUAAAGUCGUCUGAGCGCUAUGAGGAGGAGGCGCAGCAGGCGCGAAAGGAGGCGGAUGGGAUCCGUUCCAAUGCCACCUGGUACGAUAAGGCCGAGGUUGCUGCAGCGUACCACGCCAUGUAUGCAGAGCUUCCAAAGGGAGUUACUCCGCCUAUGCUGCCGACGCUUCCCUGA